AUGGACUCCAGUUUGGCGUUCACAUCAUCCCAGCAGCGGCUGCACUCCCUCGACAAUGCCAGCAGCCGAGCCUGCAGGGUGCCCUGGAAGAGCCAGGGUAAUGUUCGACUCCUCCUGGUGGCAGGAGCUCUGUGGAGGUAUUUCAUCUCCAAAGGCAUUGAGUAUCUGGACACUGUGUUUUUCAUCCUGAGGAAAAAAUUUAACCAGGUCACCUUCCUGCACGUCUACCAUCAUUGCUCCAUGUUCACGCUCUGGUGGAUUGGCAUCAAGUGGGUGGCAGGAGGACAGUCAUUCUUUGGUGCACAUAUGAAUGCGAUGAUCCAUGUCCUGAUGUACCUGUAUUACGGUCUUGCCUCCUGUGGACCUAAGAUCCAAAAGUACCUGUGGUGGAAGAAGUAUCUGACAAUUAUCCAGAUGAUUCAGUUCCAUGUCACCAUCGGUCACACGGCCUUGUCUCUCUAUCUCUAAAGACAGAGCACAUAUCUGAACCACUGGAACACAGAGGUAAUAAAGCCACAUCUUUACCAUGAAGCUACCUUUGGCUCUGGUGUUUGCACUCACCCUCCCCAUCAUCAGGGCUCAGGUUCCCCACUGGGGCCCGUGUCCAGAGCCUGC